AUGUAUCACCAUCAUCAUCAUGGCAAUAGCCAUCGCAAUCGAACCGUUUCGAGAACUCGAAGGACAUCAUCUAGGCUGUAUUCGUCGGUCACGGCCCCGAUCCUCGCACCGCCCACGUCACUGCGUCCAGCGCCGCCUCCGCCGUCGGCAGUCUCGUUUCAGCAGGAACAACGCGACGAGGAUAGAUUUGAAUUGGUACAGCAACAAUUGAAUAGUAUACUUGCGCAAAUACAAGAGUUUGAAAACAUUGCCUUACCUCCACCGUAUGAGAUAUCGUUUGGUAAUCUAUAUUCGACGUUUGGUGGUGGUGCUUCGAGGCCAUCGACGGCACAUAACAAACUCUACACCGAUGUUUCCUUGUCGUCCUACUCGCGCGACCACAAAAGUGGCACCACCAACAACACCAACAACAGCAGCAAUGCAAACACCACCGACGCAGCCGCUGCUACCGCCACGUCCAGCACGGUAACCGCCACGACGAGCGAGUUUGGCAAGUUGCUAUCUCAGUACAACAAGAUCUACCUGAUGCUAGUCUCCAAAGUCAACGAGAUCAACUUGUUUAAAUUCCAGUUGUUCAACGCGGUCACGAGCGUGAUGCAACAGCUCGAAGAGUCUCAAGGUGUUGAGGUGCGCGAGGCGAAUAGCAGCGGCAACAAUAGCAGCAGCGUGAUGAAGAAACAGAGACAUUACAGUCGUGGUGGUGCCAAGGUUGGAUCCAACAGAAACCGCAUGGCUGAGAUUGGCGCCGGGGCGACAACUAGUGGCGACAAAGGUGAUAAAAGCGAGGUUGCGCGCGGGAUUGAGUACGACGAGCAACUCAUUGAUGAAAUGAGUCGCAAGUUGAUGGACAUUUUCAACCCCGAGGAGGAGUUUAGCAGUGAUAAUAAUACUAUUGAUUCGUCUUUUUUGGAGAGGAAACCGAUGCGGAGAAAGAAGGCGGGCUAG